UUUCAGCGUGUGGCACACGAGUUCAAGUAUUGGAUGGUUUUGAGGUGAUCUCCUCAGCUCAGCCAGGUGAUGCAGGAAGAUAUACAUGUGUAGCUACAAACACAGUUGGUCGCUCAAGAGCGACAACCACUUUGGAUGUGAUAAUUGCUGCUCUCAUUGGAGACACGAUAAAUGGCACAGCUGUGGUGUAAUAGAAAUCUCAACAGACGUUCUUUUUCCUCUCUCAAUUGAUGUUGGAUUUACACCUCAGUCAAUACUUUCUGGCCGGUGUCUAAAGCUGCAGUGUGUUGGCUCUGGCAAUCCACUGCCUGUUGUACGGUGGAGCAAAAAUGGCAUCCAGCUGCAGCAUUCAAGUGAUGUGGAGAUAUCUGACAACGGCACACGACUAACUAUAUGUUCAGUGGAAGCAUCAGAUGCUGGAUUAUACAUGUGUAUUGUUUCUAAUGAAGUCGGCCAAGCCAAUGUGUUGGCUAGAGUUGAUGUGAUUGUUCCUUUGAGGAUUGUUUCUGUACUUGAUGUAAUUGAUGGUAUUGUCGGUGCUGAUGUCUGGCUGCCAUGUGAUGCUACUGGAAAUCCACGCCCUCGCAUAACGUGGUAUAAGGACAACAAGUUGAUUAACUCCGCAGCACUGAAAUAUCAUGUUUAUACAAACGGUACUCUUCAUGUCAAAAAUUUAGGGAGCGUUGAUUCUGGUGUCUACAAGUGUGUGGCUACUAAUGUUGGUGGAGAACAUGUCAAUGUGACUGUAGACGUUCAUUUUGGUCCAACGUUUACUACUACCAGUCUUACGUACAACUUGUUGGUUGAUAGUGAUGCUGUCUUUAUUUGCUCUGUUUCUGUGAAUCCAUCUCCUGUUGUGUGACGUGGUACAAGGACGGGUUUUGACUGUACGUCGAUAUGCGCAUUUCUAUAUCAUCUGAUGGAACGCGGCUGAUGGUAGCAGAUAUUCGACCGGAAGAUGCUGGUACUUAUACGUGUGUAGCAAGCAACUACAUCAGUACAG